CAGAUAGAAAUUCUCUGAUUGGUUGGUUUGUACUGUUGAAUUUCAGAUAAGGGUGACAGAACUGAAAAACGUAAAAGAAAAUUUGGAAUCUUCUGAGUUUCUGCAACUAGCCAUUCAACCUAGGCAAGAAGAUUCAUUUCAACAAGCAAUCUUGACAGAGUGGCCUAGGUGCAUGGAUGAAUGUGAAAUGAAUGACACUGAAAUGAAUCUGAGCAGUCAAUCUUCAAGUCAUGUAAGAGACACUGAGAAAUUCCAUUCAUUAGAUGUUAUUGAGAAUCAGACAGAGAAACAAAGGAAAGGUAAUAUCUCUCUUCCAGCACAACAGAACUGUAUGGCAGUCUACUUGCCCAAAAGAAAACAGCUACAAAGAAGCCAAAGUAUUAGCUCCUUACAAUCACCAACAAGGUUGAAUGUGGAUGUAGUGCGGGAAGAAAGGGACAAGGGGCACAUGCCUGUUAUAGGAAUCAUUCAACGUAUCUUACCAAAGAUACAGUCCAGCAAGCAUUGCAGCUCAUGGGCACAAAUAACUGGACGUAAGAAAUAUGCAAAAGAGCUGCAUUGUCCCAGCAGUCCUUCAAAGGGACCUUUACGAGCUUGCUCCAAUAUUGAACUUCCCACGAGAGUUCUUGGUGGCUUAUUGAACUCCAGGCCCAAAUCUGGAGAGCAAUGUGUAAGUGUACAACAAGGAAAUUCCAGGAGCACACCUCACCUCUUACCUUUGACCUACGACUCUGCUGCGUCACUUGCUUUCAACUUGAAGUCAGCAGAAAGGCUUGUUGGCCGUCCUGUAUCCAACCAACCCAUUUAUUCCUCAGGAACAGCUUGGAAGGAUGUAUCCAGGUCACCUGACCCUGUGUUGUCACAGAAACAUCUGAACCCUAACUCAUCCUGCAGUUAA